ACGGAAAAAAGAACCGCGAAUCGCCACGUUGUUCAUUCGGACCAGUCUUUAUUCGAGUUUAAUAAUUUCGCAUUAACGUGAUGCUCUUUACGCAGGAAUGAAGUAAUUCCUUUAUUAUUCCCUCAAAUUUUUCUCGGUUAAUUAAUUAAGCGCGUUGAAUACGCGGAGAGGCACAUUUUAUUUUGCAUUGCGUCAAGGAAGAAAAAAUAGUGAAAAUAGUGUGUCGAAAAAGUGAUCGACGAUAAUCGACAAUUUUACCAACAUAAACAUCUAUUGAAGGAAGAUUAAAACAAAGCGGAGUGUCAAACAAAUAUCUCGUUAUUUAAUAAUAAAUCUAUCGAAAUAAAUAUUUAAUGAGACAAUUACUUGUACAAGAUUAGAGAGACAAGCAGUUAAUGAGUUUUAGCUAAUGAAAUGAGAGAUUAUUAAUAAAACGGUAAAUGAAUUGCAGACAGCAGGAUGAGAUUAGAGACAACUGGAAUAAAAUGGUUAAUAAAUUGCAAUCAAUAGAAACUAAAGCGGACUGAAAAAUCGAUCGGGAAUGUGAUCGAAAGCUGCAAUAAAAGAAGAGUGUAAAAAGAGAUCGAUUGGGUGUCGUAUUGGUGUGACGUUUGAGAUGUCGAGGAGGUGCGAGAACACGUCCUACACUCCAGUUAAGGAUUCCGUUUUCGAGCUACGCACGCGGAUGGCCCGGAUGCUGUCUAUCGUCGAGAUUACCUCACAGAGGAAUAAUCCGAUGGCGCGUCAGGAUGGCAGAGAUGCCGCGGAUCAAAACUUCGAUUAUAUGUUUAAACUGCUGAUAAUCGGCAACUCGUCUGUUGGCAAGACUUCCUUCCUCUUUCGCUACGCAGACGAUUCUUUUACUUCAGCUUUUGUGUCAACCGUAGGGAUCGACUUUAAGGUGAAGACCGUCUUCAGACACGACAAAAGGGUCAAGUUACAAAUCUGGGACACGGCGGGUCAGGAAAGAUACAGAACGAUCACGACGGCCUACUACAGAGGCGCGAUGGGUUUCAUCUUAAUGUACGACAUCACAAACGAGGAGUCCUUUAAUUCAGUCCAAGAUUGGGUCACGCAAAUAAAGAACUACUCGUGGGACAACGCCCAAGUAAUUCUUGUGGGCAACAAGUGCGAUAUGGAAGAGGAAAACUUCGAAACUUCUGCCAAAGAGAACAUCAAUGUCAAGGCGGUGUUCGAGCAGCUGGUGGACAUAAUAUGCGACAAGAUGAGCGAAUCUCUGGACAAUGAUCCAACCCUGAUGGGGGCGGGCGGUAUGGGUCAGAACAAGGGCCAACGGCUCACCGAUCAGCCGACCAAUCCAGCGAACGCUAACUGUAAUUGCUAAAAAAAAUGCGACGACACGCAGAAGAAGGAGAAAAACCGAGAGAUCGUAUUUUGUGCGUGUGUCUGCGCGCAUGUGUGCACGUGUGUGUUACGUGUGUUAGAAAAAGGGAGAAAGAAGGAGAGAGAGAGAAAAAGAAAGAAAGGAGAAGAAAGUGUCGUGUGCGACGAUGGUGUGUUAACUUACUUCGUCGUUCCCCCUCGUUAUGUUAUUUAUUUUAAAAUUCGCCUUUCGUUCUCACCUGUUUUCUUUCACUCUUUCUCGGCGCGAGAUGAUAUAUAUGAAUAAUGUACGCUAUAAAUAUAUAUAUAUAUAUACAUAAUGAUUGUGAUCAUCGAGGUGGCAACCAAGUUAACCAACGACCGUCAAAUGAACGGUUGCGGUUCUCCUUUCGGUUCAUCCACUUGAGAGUCAAAGAUGAACUUGAUAUAAUUUCCGAAAGUUCCAAUUUCCAUGUUGCAGACACGCGAAAAUGCAUUUUCCAUUUUGUGAUUUCCAAUAGUCGCAUUUUAAUUAUCAGAAAUAAAUGUCAAUUGUAAUGAUCAUACAAAUUCACGCUCUCGAAGAUUAAUUGAAUUUAAUUGCUUUUUUGAAAGCCAAAAGAAGCACAAGAUCCAAUUAGUCGCGGUUAGCAUUAAUCGUUUGGAUAAAAAUGAUUUUUGGAGCAACAAAAUAAAAUUUUACAAAAAUAAU